AUGGCAAGUUGUACAAUAUGUUAUUUGCAUCUAAAUGAAAGUGAAUCUGGGACUCACACAGGGAAAUAUAAAUCAUCCGUUGUUGCUACUCCUUGCGGUCAUGUUUUUCACACAUCCUGCAUUCACCAAUGGUUGAAUAUAAAGCCAGAGUGUCCUCUAUGCGGAACAAAAACGACGGGGAAGAGCUUGUUGUCUUUGUAUCAUGAUUGGGAUGAACAUGACAGGAAAGAGGGCAGAUACGAUGAAAAGAUGAAGGAACAAAUCUCAUCCCUCGCACAUUCACUUCUCAUAAAGACCCAAGAGACAAAAAUUCUUGAUGAAAUCAUAACUAUUCUCAAAUUCCAAAUAUCUCAAUACAAGGCAGCUCUACCAUCAAAAACGAAACUUGAUGAGUAUACGCAGGAAAUCAAAGCUGAUAUGAUUGCAUUAAAACAAGAGUAUGAUGGACGAGCAGUGGAGUUAAGCAAUAAGUGUGAGGAGUUAAAAUCAGAGAAACGAAGUCUAAAAGGAAAAGAAAACGAUGUGGAUGUGGAAAAAAACAGUACGACAAAGCUGGCACAUGACAUUACUGACAGCGACGAAGAAAUAAAGAUAGACUUUGAAAAGUUAGACGUCAAACUCACUGCAACGAGACGUAAAACAGAAGACGCAAAAGAUGAACAACAAGUUCGCGAAACUAGAGAUCAAGUGGUGGAUUUAAGAAAUUCGGCGAAUACGCUAGGUACAAGACAUAAUAAGAAUCAUUAUAGUAGUAAGGUCAAUAGAAAUGUAAAUGGAGAUAAUGAUGACGUAGGCAAUGAUAUAGAAAAUACUAGAGAUAACACUAGAUACAAUAUUGGGAAUAAUAGUAGAACGUCUAAUAGAGCUAGUAGAGAAUCUGGUAAUGAUUACCAAGGUGGAAGGGGUUUCUAUAGAAGAGGCCGCGGACAACGAGGUAGACAUGACAAUCCAAAUGGUACAGGCGGAAAUUAUGGCCUACGGUUUGGUUAA